UGCACGUUAUGUUUGCCGCUCAAAUUGGUUAACUAAUUCGUUCAAACGUUCACAAGUCUUUCUUCUUCGCAUUCGUUACAGACGGAUGUAAACUUUCCCAACUUGGUGCAGACUAAAAAAACAAUGACUAGACUUAUUAGUUAUUCGACACUAAUAUUCGAAGUGAAUGCGAAACAUAUGUAAAAGAGAUUUGAAAGUAAAGUGCGAGUGAUAUAACCACGUUGUUUGUUUAUGGUAAACAAUAAGCGAAUUAACGAAUUGAGAAAGAUGAACACUCCGCAGUCAAACAAAAAGAAGGGUAGAAAUAGAGUAGGUGGUAUUAAUAACGAUAAUGCCAGUCCUUUGAAUGCUGAACCGUUAAACACUCAAGAGUCAUCGAAGUUUGUUUUGAUAACCCCACUUGGAGAAGACAAGACAUACAAAAUUGGAAUUGACGAACCUAUACCCAUUAUUUCUUUAGAAGAAAAUGGUUUUGAUGAUAAAGGAACGACAUCGAAAGGUACUGGUUUACCUGAAAAAGAGGAUGAGAAGAAUGUGCUUAGUAAUUUACCAGUUGCAGUUUUUAAGGAAAUAGAAGGAUAUGAAGAAAAGUUAGGAGAAGCAGAACCACUUCCCAAUUCAUAUAUUAGAUUCAUGGAACGUAGUGGAGAAGAACUUGAUGGUGAAGUUGAAUAUGAUCUGGAUGAAGAAGACACUGCGUGGCUGUCUAUAGUCAAUGAAAGACGAUUAGCGGCAGGACUUAGUCCGCCGUUAGAGCCUGACACAUUUGAAUUGUUAAUGGACCGACUUGAAAAAGAAUCUUAUUUUCAACAGCAGACUAAUGGAGGUGGAGGAGUAGCAGCUGACGAGGAUGCUGUGUGCUGCAUCUGUAUGGAUGGAGAAUGUCAAAACAGUAAUGCAAUAUUGUUUUGUGAUAUGUGCAAUUUAGCUGUACAUCAAGAUUGUUACGGAGUACCAUACAUUCCUGAAGGCCAGUGGUUGUGCAGAAGAUGCUUGCAAAGUCCUUCGAGAGCCGUUGAUUGUGUUCUAUGCCCUAACAGAGGAGGUGCUUUCAAACAAACCGAUCGUCCAGCUACAUGGGCUCACGUUGUGUGUGCCCUGUGGAUACCAGAAGUAAGGUUUGCUAAUACAGUAUUCCUGGAGCCUAUAGAUAGCGUAGAAAGUAUACCUGCCGCAAGAUGGAGACUCACAUGUUGCGUGUGUAAACGUCGAGGAUCGGGUGCUUGCAUUCAGUGUCACAAAAGCAACUGUUAUGCUGCAUUUCAUGUGACUUGUGCACAGCAAGCUGGUCUCUGUAUGCGUAUGAGGACUGUGCAACCUGCAAACGGAGAACCAAUGUUAGUUCAAAAAACAGCUUACUGCGAAGCACACACACCACCUGAUUAUCAACCUUCCACUAAUCCUGCUGAUGCAAGAAGAAGAGCUAUUGCGAACAAAAAGAGCUCAUCAGCACCUGUUAUUUCUAUUCCAACCAUACCACCCGAGCGUAUUAAGGAAAUUGCUAGUUUAGUUGAGGGGAUGCCUAAGAAAAGUCAAUUGAUACAGCGUCUCAUAGCAUAUUGGACCCUGAAACGUCAAAACAGAAAUGGAGUACCGCUGCUUAGAAGACUACAAAGUUCACAUCCACAAUCCAGACCUCCACCGCUUGGGGACCAUUCAUCACCGCCACCGGACAGCGAAUUACGCGGAGAAUUGUAUCGGCAGCUGAAAUAUUGGCAAUGUUUACGUCAAGAUUUGGAGCGUGCUCGGCUACUCUGCGAAUUAGUUCGCAAGCGUGAGAAGCUGAAGAAAGAAUUAUUCAAAGUAAAGGAAAAAUGUCUUUGGUUUGAACUACGUCCAUUGGAAAGUAUCCUGCGUACUUUGUUGGAGGCCAUCAAAGCGAAAGAUGUGAAUGAUGUUUUCGGACAGCCAGUGAACACAAAGGAAGUUCCAGAUUAUUUGGAAAUCGUAUCGCAUCCCAUGGAUCUUUCUACAAUACAGGCCAAAAUAGAAAGACAAGAAUAUGAUACGAUCGGUGCUUUCGAAGGCGACUUCAAUCUGAUGGUGAACAAUUGUCUCGCAUAUAAUCGUAAAGAUACCAUGUUUUAUCGAGCUGGUAUUAAAAUGAAAGAGCAAGGAGGCGCUUUGAUAGAGCAGGCUCGUAAGGAUUAUCCCGACCUGGAUCCAGUCAGUGAAUCUGAACAAACAGCAUCUAAGUCCAGAAAGAGGGAUCGAACCAACAGAAGUCGCGGCGAGGCAGAAUUGCAGCUUGGUGAGAAAGAAAUAGGUGGUGGAGGUGUGAACAGGCGAACGGCGGUCUUAUUUACUCGCAAAGCCAGAGCACGUGCAAGUAGGAGCAAUCAGAUGUUCGUUAUGGAGGAUGACAGAAAGAAACAGAGCGAUAGCUUUAAAGUGUAUAGGAGUGGAACAAUGGACAGUGAUGUAGGAGAAGGUGAAAGUCAAUCGUCGAGCUGUAGCAGUUGUUCGACAAGUAGAUCUACCACUCCGGAUCCAGAUGAGGAGAAACAAAAGCAAGAAGUAAGCGAGGCGAAGAAAGAAGUUGAGACCAAACAAACUGCGACUAGUAAUGGAUUAGAGGCUCUGCAGCUGGUAUGGGCCAAAUGCCGUGGUUAUCCAUGGUAUCCAGCUUUGAUAAUAGAUCCCAACACACCUAGAGGUACCAUACACAAAGGUGUACCGAUACCAGCUCCGCCUGAUGAUGUAUUGGCGCUUGCAGUCAAUUACAAGGAACCAGUAUUUCUUGUUCUCUUCUUCGACACCAAACGGACAUGGCAAUGGCUGCCAGGCGAAAAAUUAGAGAAACUUGGAGUGUCUCAAGAAUUGGACGAGGCGAAAUUGAUCGAAUCGCGAAAACCUGCUGAUAGGAAAGCUGUGAAGAAAGCUUACCAGGAAGCGCUUCAUUAUCGCAAGCAGACACAUAAUACAACAGUAAUCGCUGGUUCAACUAGUUAAUUUCGGAUGUAAUAAUUACUUAUAAUUAAAUUAGCACAAUAUUUGUAAGUAUGUAAAAAGAAUUUUAACCUAACGAUCUAACUUAUAGACAUAGACGUAAGUCGCACUUUUCCAAAAUACUAUUUAUAACGUUUUUAAAUGACUGAAUAAAUCAUUCUUUAUACGAAAUCAA